AUGUUUUAUGGUAUUUCAAUUGCCUGCAGUUGUGAGGUAUUUCGCAACACUGUGCAAUGGAGGAAGGAGUUUGUGUUUGAAUGUGGAGCUACUGUCAAUGGAUCAACAGGAGUUCUCAGCAACUCCAUAUGUAGAGUUUCAGUCCGUGAGGACCGAAAAGGUGGAAGAUCUUACAAGAAGGUUGGCUAUAUAGACUUAAAUCUCGUUGAGUUUAUCGGCUCUGGCUAUGUGACUCGCCACUGCCUCCUGGAGGGAUACAUGGGCAAGCACAGCAAAUUAGACAACUCACUUCUGAAGGUUAGAUUGCAGGUGCAACUUCUUCAGGGAGAUCCGUGUUUUAGGACGCCUGUACAAGCAACAGACCCCACAUCCACCAUGGCCACAGUGAGCGGGACAUCCUUCCAGUUAAAAUACUGA